AUGUCCACUUAUCAGCUUACUCCAGAGCAGGAGCCUUUUGAUCAUGAUACAAGGCAGCCAGCGCUCUGGGCAUCACUCAUCGCUUUCAUCAUCAUCAACAAUCUUGCCAUCUUCGCAAGGAUCUGGAUCAAGUGGGGUGCAAGUCUGAACCGAAAGAAAGUCACUGCGGAGGAUGUAUUCCUUGGAGAGUCAAUGCGCAUUUUCUGGUGGGUGAAUCUGGUGUAUAUAAUUCUGUGGUGGAUAGGUGCAACCGGAUUCUACCUCUUCCAAUGCAACCCCGUGCAAUGGUACUUUAUACAGUACUAUGCGAGGUUCAAGAAACCGGUACCCGGAGGAAUCACAGGGCAGUGUAAUGCCACAAAUGUGGUCAAUGUUGCGCUUCCUGUGGUGUUCAGUCUCGUAUCCGACGUGGGGCUUAUGGUACUGCCAAUAUGGUCCAUUUCCACGUUAAAGGUCAGCAGGAAAAGGAAGUAUGGCCUACUGGCAGUCUUCGGGGUCGGUGCGGUCGCUUGUAUGCUGGAACUCGGGCGGAUACUGGAUCUCCUCCUCGACACUGACGACAAAACGGAUCCAAGCUGGGGCGUCGCUAUCUUCCUUAUUCUCACCGCUGCCAUCGAGACCGCUGCGGUUGUGUGCGCCUGUCUCCCAGUGAUCGGGCCUCAGCUAAUCAAAGCAUACAAGAAAUUUUCUGGCACAAGUUCUGGCUAUCCGUCUUACGGGAACAGCAGUGGGCCAAGUGCCGACAAUAAGUUUGGUCGCCCGCGAAACUGGCGAAGUAAAAACGCGCAGGGCGGUUCCAACCAGUUCGGCAGUCUGAACCACAUCACGGAUAUCGACGAGACAUUCGAUGAUCAGACGCGGCUUGAGGAGAGUGUUCCAGAGGGAGACGAAAUCCGAUUGAACGAUCUUGUUGUCCGCAACAAGCACUCUUACGAUGUUAUCUUGCGCGGGCAGCAGUGGAUCACUCACAACUAUUUCGUGGACAGCAUAACAGGACCCGUCUUCCCGCCACCAGCCGUGGGACGCAUUGUUGUAAAGACAGAUGUUAAUGUGGAGAGUGGCUCUGGGUCAGGAGGAAACAAGCCGCCCUGCCACCUACAAAAUAGCAACCAGGCUUUUGUGACAGCUGGAAGAUUCUAG